GCCCUGCCCAGUCUCUUGUGCCAAGCAUACCUCAGUAUCUCGUUACCCUACAGAUUUGUGGUCGCUUGUUACCGGGGUAAUUUCUUUACCGCUUCAACGAAAACUCAUGAACGCUUGAUCGAUAUCAGAGAUUCCUUUCAAGGCAGGCACGUCCGGAACUUAUUGAAAAAACCAGAAAUCAUAAAGUAAGUGCAAGUUUAAAACAACUGAUGUGGUGGCAUAGCUUUAUCAGUUCACUAAUAAACGAAUCAAUUUUGAUCAAUCAAUGCUGAAGCUUUUUAAAGAGUUUUUUUUUUAAAACAGAUUUUUUUUUUCUACUUCAUACCGAUAAUUUCUAAGUCAAAAACAUUUUUCUCGGUGCGGACCACAAAGACGUCACAAGCCCACAAAGACGUCACAAGCCCACAAAUGACUCUUUGCUCCGAAGCUGUUUCUUUCUACGCUGUAUUUUGAAGAGACUAUGGCGUCUAUCAUCGCCUCAAAUUUCUGCGGUCAGGAAAUAAAUAAACAUAACAUAUCUUGAAGAUUAUAAACAUAUCUUGAAAAAAAAAUAACAUAUCUUGAAAACAUAAUAUAAAUAAUACAAAAAUCUAUAAAUCCAUUAGGGUAUUGUAAGAAAGUUAGCAAACAUUAAUUUGUUUGAAAACACUUAACUGGUAUUCCGGUUAUUGUUUAGAAGCAAAUAGCGAAAUAAAGUGUGGGGAGCCUGAAAAGGUGGCGGAACAAUACAACAAACGUAUGGGCAAGAAGCCUUCUUCAGCGAACAAACGACAGUAAAAACUAUAUAUAUAUUUUUUUUUAAACUUGGCUGCAAUGUCCGAGAGGACAGAGAGAGGAAAGUGAUGUUAUUGUUAAACAGCCGCAACAGAACCGUUGGUCUAAUCUAGCUUUUCUUUUAUUUCAGGCCAACAGUUGGCAUUGGCAAUAAAAUCAAAUCAGUUAUUGAGAACAAAAUUGUUGUUUUGCUCUACUCGCGGCAGGAAGGUGAGUACAGGAUAGGUCUAGAUAGGUAAAGGUGUGUCUACAUUGGUCUAGAUAGGUUUAGCUUGAUCUAGAUAUGUCUAGUAAGUUUUAGAAAGGCUAGCUAGGUCUACAUAGUUCUAAAGAGGUCUAGAUAGGUCUAUAAAAGAAUGCAUAACCAUUGGAUAAGUUUAGAUAGGUUUAUAUAGGUAUACAUAUGUAUUACGUGUUCUAGAUAGGCCUAGAUCUCCGUCACUCUCUUUACAAUGAGUCUUGAUAUCUGUUACUCUCUUUGAUUUCUUGUUUUAGAUAUAUGUCACUUUUUAUGUAUAGAUCGGUCUAGAUAUCCGUUAUUUUCUUUGUAUUACUAGGUCUAGACAACAAGUCUAGAUAUAUCCUUCCUUCUCUUUGUAAUACCAGGUCUUGAUAUCCAUCCAUCUCUGUGUAUUAUUAGGUCUCGCUAUCAUCAUUUUCUUAUUAUUACUAGGUCUAGCAAUCCAUCCCUAUAUUUAUAUUAAUAGGUCUAGACAUCCGUUCCUCUCUUUGUAUUAAUAGGUCUAUAUAUCCGCCCCCCCCCCGGGGUCCUGGUCGAGCGCCCAGGCGGGGGACUUGGGUGAGGGGCCCGUGUGGGGGCCGUCCUGACGAGUGGGCAUCUCCAAGUGCCGCUCCGCGGCCCGAUACGUCGGACCGGGGAGGGGUAAUUUGGGGGGGGGGGGGCAUAAGAGUCUAGACUCGCCCUGCUGACGCCAUUUCUUAAUGUAACAUCCGCCCCCCCCCCCCCCUUUUUUUUUUAGGGGAGGGGUAAUUUGGGGGGGGGGGGGCAUAAGAGUCUAGACUCGCCCUGCUGACGCCAUUUCUUAAUGUAACAUCCGCCUCCCCCCCCCCCUUUUUGUAUUACUAAGUAUACUAAUACGGGCAUAUUUCGUAGAUGCAAUCGUGUCACUCAAAAUAGUUAUUUGAUAUCAUAACGGAAUAAACUAACGGAGAUUGUAAAAAAAAGGGAGGUUUCAAAUACAAAUGUGCACAAAAGUAAAUUAAAAAUAAUUAAUCUUAUAUUAUUCUCUGCGACAGAAACAAUCUAGGCAUUUUAUUCAGUGAGUCUCGCAAUAAGUAAAUUGUUCCAUCUUAGAAAUCAUCUAUCAACUCGAUGUAUUUGAAUUGUUUUACAGGCUUCCGGUAUCCGUCCAGGUUUAUUUCAGUAAUGUUCAUUGGAGGGAUUGUUGUCUAUGUGGUAAGUUGUGUUGUGUAUGUUGGGCAUGUGGUAAGUUGAGUGAUGGUUGUUGGGUAUAUGGCAAGUUAAGCUGUGUAUGUUGUGUAUAUGGUAAGGUUAGUUGUUUAUGUGGUAAGUUUAGUUGUGUAUGCGGUACGUUUAAUUUUGUAUGUUGUGUAUAAGGUAACUUGAAUUGUGUAUGUUGUGUAUAUGGUAAGUUGAGUUGUGUAUGUUAUGUAUUUGGUUAGUUGAGUUGUGUAUGAAUGUGUUAAGUUGUGACUUGAGAGUGGUAAGUUGUGUCUUUAGGUUGGUAAGUUGUGUCUUGAGUGUGGUGAAUGUGUGUAUUGAAGGCGGUAAGUUUUGUAUUGAGUGUGGUAAGUUGUGUCGUGGGUGGGGAAAGCUCUGUCAUAAGGAGUGUAGUAAGCUGUAUCUUCAGUGUGGUAUUAUGUGUCAUGUGUGUAUAGUAAGUUGAGUUUUGAGUGUGGUCAGUGGUAAGUUGUGUCUUGAAUGUGGUUACCUGUGUUUUGAAUUUUUUAAAGCUUUGUUGUUAAUGUGGUAAUCUAUGUCUUGAGUGUGGUAAGCUGUGUCGUGAGUGUGGUAAGCUGUCUUGAGUGUGGUAAGUUGUGUCUUGAGUAUGGUAAGCUGUGUCUUGAGUGUGGUAAGUUGUGUCUUUAGUUUGGUAAGUUGUGUCUUGAGUGUGGUAAGUUGUGUCUUGAGUAUGGUGAACUGUGUAUUGAGUGUGGUAAAUGUGUGUAUUGAGGGAUGUGUCUUGAAUGUGGUUUGUUUUGUCGUGAGUGUCGUAAGUGUGUCGUGAGGGGGGUAAGCUGUGUCGGGAAUGUGAUUACCUGUGUCUUGUUAUAAGUUGUGACUUUACUGUUGUAAACUGUGUCAUGAUUGUGACAAGUUGUUUCGUGGGUGUGUUAAAUUUUGUUUUUAGUGUGGUAAGCUGUGUAUUCAGUGUGGUAUUCUGUGUCGUGAGUGUGGUAAGGUAUCUUGUGUAUUUGGUAAGUAAAUAAGUUGCUGUUGUAAUAUUUUUAAUUUGGGGGGGGGGGGGGGAAUUAUAUAAAAGUAUUAAGUUUCCCUUUUAUGUUUCAAAUGCAGUUGUGCGUGCUACUAGUUCUACGACAUGGAAAUCGGAGAUUAUAUUCAAAAUGUAUCAUUAAGUGAUAUUCUGACCUUUGUUUCCCUUAGGGACUUGAGAUAAUUUUUUUUUUUUUAAAUAUUUUCUUUUCGGUCAUUUUUCAGGUAAAUGUACGACAUAAAUUUGUUAUAUGUACAACUCAGAUGUAAUUGAAUUAAUUCUUUUUUGAUGUACCGAUGAAGGCAUUUGCCGAAACGUUUGAAUUGGUAUAGUUUUUAAUCACUAUCAUAGCUACGCAUGUAUAUUUUUAAAUUUACAUAAACUGGUUAUCUCUAAAUAAUCUACUUAAAAAGUUAUCGCAGCCAAACCCUCUUAUAAUUAGUUUAUUAUUUGGUGGGCGUUGUUGUUUUAUUGUUUUAUUUUUUACAUCCCAACAAAUUAUCAUUAAAUUUUAUAUCAGUUUUAUGAAGCGUUCACAUAAAUUAAAACUUAACUCUUUUAUGAAGCGUUCACAUAAAUUAAAACUUAACUCUUUUAUGAAGCGUUCACAUAAAUUAAAACUUAACUCUUGUGCAAUUUGGCUCACAUAACCAUAUAUAUUGAUGUCAUUAAAGAAUAUUAGGUACCCAUCUAUGUUAAUUCCUUAACAGAGACAUAGAGACAGGUUCGGGGUUAGCAAGUGGUCUUCGUCAGAAAAUGUUUCGGCUUGCGACACAUGAUCAAGUGAAAAUGUCAUAGAGUCUAUAUCAUCACCUUGCCAUCAAUAAUUUAUUUUCCUUAUUGGUUAGAUACAAAAAAAAAAAAAUUAAAAUAAUAAUAAAAUAAUAUGUAAAAAAAUAAUAAUAAAAGGUGUCCGACGUUCAAAGGUCCUCCUGAUGGAAAACGAGGCCCCAAAAACGUACUUAUCCUGUCUCCUCAUACAACUUUGCUUUUAUGCCCCUCCCUCGCUCCCCCACUGUACAGAUGUAUUCAUCAUUAAAGUACAUCUUUAUAUCUUAUACAUAAUGUAUCCAUCAUUAAUGUACACAUCCAUAUCUCAUAUAUAAUGUAUCCCUAAUUAACGUACACAUCCAAAUUUCAUUUAUAAUUUAUUCAUCAGUAAUGAACACGUCCAUGUCUUAUAUACAGGCUACCAUUAACUUAAUGUCUGAAACGGUAAUUGGCAUCGGUCCAUUCGCUGAUUUCUUAAAGAAUGUGUUUGAUGAUGUCGGCCAGUCAGACAAUAUUGUCGUGCGACUUUUUUUGGUAUUCUAUUGUAAGUAAACAUAUCUUUCAGUGUUGUGAUGUCAUCUGUAUUUGACCUAACUGUGCUAUUUUACUGACCAACCCUUCAUUAAUAAUAUUAAUAAAAAUAAAGUUUAUUUGAAAAUUACGCUUCAUGCCCAAAGGCUCGAAGCGCGGUACAGAGUCUAGUAUAUUAAAAGCGAAAUGAAACAAUCUAUGAUAUACCACAUUGAAAUACAAAAUGCAACAUUGCAAAAAAACUAUAUACGAGAAUACACAUUCCAAGUCUUUCAUACCUAACAACCAUAAACAACACAGGCCAAUACACAUCUACAAGAUAAUAGCUAGAUAGACAACUUCAUCCCAGCAGGUGUUUGCGAAAUCGAUAUGUCUUCAGAUCAGUUUUGAAAUACUCCAGUGACUGGAAGAGUGUUCCGAAUUGUUGGGCCAUCAAAUGCGAAAGUACGCCCCUUGUAAGUCUCAAGGCGAACACGUGGUAUCGAGAGUUUGCCACUAUCAGAUGAGCGGAGUUGUCUAGUGGGUACAUAAGGCGUCAGUAGCGCUUUGAGAUAGGACGGUGCCAGGUCAUGCACGCAGCGGUAGCAGGGAGUUGCUAUUUUGUACUCUAUGCGAGCGCGGACCGGCAGCCAAUGUAACUCUCUCAGAAGUGUUUUAGCAUGGUCGAAUUUGCGUUUUCGAAAAACAGUGCGAGCCGCUUUAUUCUGUGCUUUUUGAAUUGUGGUAAAACUUUUAAUGUAACGUUUUAGAGUUUGGAAAAAUCGCUCUGGAAUAAAUUAUUUUACAAGCAAUCUAGAUGAGGUUGUGUUUCGUGUCAAAUACAGGCCCGUUCUUAGACAUACGGUGACUAGCAUCCACGUAGGGCCCCGAACAUGAGGGGGCCCCCGUGAGGCACCCUCAAUCCCCCGUUUUUUUUUUAAAACUGGCACUGCAGCUGUCUGUGUCACUCACGUUACCUUACUCAUCCUGAAAUUUAUCAUUCUGAGUUAAAUUCGGAGGCAGGGGAAGGGAAACAGCAGGGGGGAGCUUUGGGGGAGGCAGACAGGAAAUCGGGGGCUUGGCCGUGGGAAUGGGAAAGAUGAAUUAUUGAUGAAGGCAAAAUGGAGGUUCCGCAGAGGUGGGUGGUGUUUUCUCCUCAGCUCGUGGGAGCUGCAUCCCUGGAAGCCCCCCUUCCGGGGCCCCCAACCUACGCUCCAUGCUUAGGACCCCCAAACUCCUAAGAACGGCUCUGUCAAAUAUAAUGUAGAUGAAGUUGGGUGUUUAAAGUAAUCUAGAUGAAGGUGUGUGUUAAAAGUAAUCAAGAUGAAGUUGUGUGUUAAAAGUUAACUAGAUGAAUUUGUUUGUUAAAAGUAACCUAGAUGAAGUGGUUUUGUUAAAAUAUGAUUAAAAAGUGGGUUCCAUAAAGCAAUGAUUGAAAUACUGGGUUCCAUGAAGGAAUGAUUGAUAUAGUGGGUUCCAUAAACCAAUGGCUAUGAUUGAAUCAGUGGGUUCCAUAAAGCAAUGAUUGAAAUAGUGGGUUCCAUAAAGCAAUGAUUGAAAUAGUGGGUUCCAUAAAGCAAUGAUUGAAAUACUGGGUUCCAUGAAGGAAUGAUUGAUAUAGUGGGUUCCAUAAAGCAAUGGCUAUGAUUGAAUCAGUGGGUUCCAUAAAGCCAUGAUUGAAAUAGUACAAACUCUACCGAUAAAGGAAAUUUUGUUACCCUUAGUUUGUAGUGUCAAAGCACCUAAUACCAGGGCCGUAGAAAGAAAUGCUGAGCCAGGGGCAAAGCCUGAAUUUGGACAACCUUUUCCCAAAAAGUGUAAAUUAAUGCACACAUACCCAAAGAUGACGAAAUAGAUAGGCACCCUCUGGAAAUGGCUUUAGAGGCCAGUGCCACCUUCACUAUCACUACUUCGAACUGCCAUGUCAGAUUUUGUCGCGUUCAAGAACUUAAAUUUAAUAUUUUAAAGGGUUAACACAAAUAUCUAUUUAUAUUUUAUGUCAUUUUUAAAAAUAUAUUUUAUUCUACAGACUCCCUAAUUGUCGCCAUAUCUCUUGCUUGUGUCCUGAGUUUCCUCACAAUUCUACACAUGGUGUCAUCCUUUCGGUAACUGGAUUGACCUUUUUAUAGUUAUUUUUGUUUUUAUCAACAAUGCGUUUAAGUACACGUUAAUUCAAAGAUGGGAUUAAACCUCUUACUUUUAGUCUAGAAGAGCUAUUUAAAGGUAAAUGUAAAUACUAUAAAGUAUAUGAAAAUUAACUAAUUCGUCAACAACAAUAAUGAAAUUUUUUCUUCACUUGGGGAGUUUUAUUUGAUUUUGUUUUCUCUUUCAAAUAUUAUUUUCAGGACAAACCUUUUUGCCUUGUACAAAGGAGAUUUUUCAGGCAUUCCACCACCUAUUACACAAGGGGCUGUAUCUUUGUGCGUAAGUAAACACACAAAAAAAAGGGGGGGGGGGGCGACUAGAUGUUACAACAUUUCUCUUACUAUUCAUAAUUCAUGUCUUUUAAUAUAAAAUAAUACUAAUGUCCUGUCUCUAGAGUAGUAUGAGAAUUGAUUAUUCCCAUUAAAUUUAACAGUGACAUGUGUAGCAUCUCAAUAGAAGCCAAAAUCCAUGUAAAUUAGAUGUGUUAUAGUUAUGUUUUUAUUCUUCUACUUUUUGGCCCAGAAGCAGUGCCUUAAAUGUGCAGACCCCCCCCCCCCUUAAUUCUUACACUUACACCAAUGACCACAAAGUCAUUAUACACAAAACUUCAUGCCAUAUAAUAUAUUAACAUCAACUUACAUUGAUUAUAGUUAUGUUUUUAUUCUUCUACUUUUUGGCCCAGAAGCAGUGCCUUAAAUGUGCAGCCCCCCCCCCCCUUAAUUCUUACACUUACACCAAUGACCACAAAGUCAUUAUACACAAAACUUCAUGCCAUAUAAUAUAUUAACAUCAACUUACAUUGUCCACACAGGUUGGCUGCAUCAAGUUCGCUGGUUUCCAAGUCGGAUACAUACUAUGGGGUAAAUUGGCCCUUUAACUCCAAUAUUUCUCUCACUGCUGCCCAACACGGUGUUGAGGAUAACAUCGCGCCAGCUUUGUCCCUUGCUGGUGCCCCUGUCGGCAUUAACGUCUUUAUCAAAAUUUUCUCCUAAAAAAUUCAACUUACAUGAUAAUUAACUUUGCACUCCCAUAAAUAUAGUCGCCAUCUUUCAACACAUUUUAAAAAAUACUUAUAUUAACAUCGCUUUUGUUCAUGUGUUUAAGGUAAAAAUCUUCGGACGGCUAAUUGACCCACUUACCGUCAACAAAAGGAGCUGAAACUUGGCACAUAGAAUCGUUGCCAUUGACUACACAUUCUAACAAACUUUUAGCCCUCGCCUCCCAAACACUAAACACCCCACCCUAAACUCCAUUUGUCCUGUUUUUCAAGUGAAAGAUGAAGGAAAUAUGAUGUAACUAAUUUCAUCAAAUAAAAUUCCCAAUAACUGUGCUAAAUGAGAUCCUUAAAACAAAAUAUCUCAAAUGCGCUUGGAGCGUAAUAUUUUCUUUUGUUUUUCUUUAAUAGUUGGUGAGGUAAAUCUGCAGUGUAAAAUCGGAUGGGGCAUUAGAAUAUUAAUCAAACAUAAAGAUAAUUUAAAAUGCAUAUUAAGGAUUUAUGCGAAAAUUUUUGUUUUUAACGGUUGUUUAAUUAGCUUUAAAAUCUUCUAUCCCUUGUAAUAUAAUCACCACAAUCCUUUGAUCUCACGUUAUCUUGCAUUCCGUGAAUUCGCUUGUAAUAUUAGAAUAAUGUGUCAUUUUAAUAUGUUUCACAAAAUUCGUUUUUAAGUACUAUUUUUUUAUAUGAUAUCAAACUUUUUUUUUACUAUGAAGUUCUUUUACAAAGUUUGAAGAAUAUUUCUUUCUAUCGUAUGUAGAAACUCUCUUGGCAACUAAUAAAGACAAUGACAGGAUACAUAUAUCUCAUAUUAAGUUUUGAGGGUGGAGAUUUGUGAAUGCUAUCCAGUUUUAGGGGGGAUACAAAAAUGUAAAAAAAUUAUGUGACAAAAUUAUAGCACAUUGUAUUUGAUUUUUUUCCCUCAGGCUAUAUGUUGUCCCUUAUAGUUUUCUUAGUCGUCGCUUUUAUACUUGGUUCCAUCAUAACCUUGCUGUCGAAUGCGGUGGUAGACUGGCUGGUCAACAAAGUGCUUCAGAUAUGGUUUGUACAAAUUUCAAUUAUUUCUUUGGAAAUCUGAACAGCAAAAAUUGUUAUUGUAAUUUAAGAUAAUAAUAAGAUACGAUUCUUUUAUUAAUCCAAAUAAAUAAAUAUUUUAAAAAAUCAAAUUGUACAUAUUCAUUUCCAGCACAUAAAUAAAUACAUAUUUAAAGACAAAAUUUACAAUUAUAACAAUUAAAAGAUAAGACAUCUUAAGUGUUUCUUUAGCUUAUAAAAUCAUCCAUCAAUGAACUUCUUUAGUGACGAGUAUGACUUAAUUAGAAAUUUAGAGUUGGUAGCCGCUGGGGAGGAACAGGUUGGUAAAUUCAUACAGACUGGGGAACAAAGAAUUUUUUUAAUCAUUUGGUCAUAGCUUUAAGAGAAGGAAUUCGCCCUGAUCGAGCUGAACCUAGUAAAUAAAUUGUUUGAAUCUAUGUAUGCUUAAUCUUUCCAUUUUUUAUCCAGUGUUCGAAACAUAAUUUAUGUAUUUAAAUUAUUGUAUUACAAUUCUCUUCAUGUAUCUGUUUGGAACUAAUGCUAAGAGAGAAAAUCUUUGACAACCCGAUUCAUUCUCAGAAUAUUUAGUGGCAUCCCCUUUUAAAAUUUAAGUGACACUUUUUCACUUUAAUAAGUCAUAGGUUGUUUUUUGUUUGGUUGUUUGUUUGUUUUUUGUUUUUUAAGUUCUUAGAAAAUUACGAGUUUUGAUGUCGAGCUGAAAUCACAAAUAUUAUUUUUUCUUUUAAAGAAAAAAAUCUGUCGUUUUUAUAUACUUUUUUUCAAAAAUAAUUUUGUUAGAUGUAUAAUAGUGUCUGUAUGACAUAUUUCAAUACAAAAUUUUAAAGGAAAAAAACCAACUGUUUCAUACGUAGGUAACCACAAUGAUCGUUAAAUAUUAUAUUUAACAUGUUUUGCUUACCCGAGACACAGUAGGCCCUACGUCUUUGGGCCGAUAUUCCCGCAUUAGUGACAUCAAUCCCCCAAUUCAAAGAGCAUUCAUUAAGCAAGAACAGUGAUACUAAGAUGACCAUAACUUAAUGUUAAAUUUUUUUUUAAGAAACGCUAAUUGGAAUAAAGGUUUUCCCCAGUGAUUGGUGGGUGGGGGUAAGCAGGAUAUUGUUAUUUUCUUCUUAUGGUCCAAACACUAUAGUCAAUUAAGGAAUGCAUCUUCUUCCUAAUCAUCAUUGUAAAUUAUUACAUUUUAUAUUACGAAAUUUUGACCUACUCAAUUAUUCUAUUCUUCAGGCCAGGUGUUCUUAUAGGUAUAGCUAUCCUGAUCCUCCAGAAGUUGCUGGCCAGAUAUGUGUUUCUGCAGGGUGAUGGUGCUCACCUGAGGUUGGACAACAGGUAUUGGACUUUUAGUUGUGUUGUAUAAUGUGACAACAUGCAUUGGAUAAAAUGGUAUGUUGUAUAGUAUGACAACGGUCUUUAAACUUAACGUCGUGUUUUUAGUAUGAUGAGUGGUAUUGUACACUAACUUGUCUGGUAUAGUAAUGACAAUUUAUAGAACUAAAAGAUGUGAUCUUUAUGCUGACAACAAGUACUGAACUGAUUGGGGUAUACUAUUAUGUGGCAACAAGUUUUGGACUAUUUGGUUGUGAUAUAACAGGUAUCGGACUAAAAGGGGCAUUCUAUUGUGUUACAACAUUUAUUGGACUAAAUUUUUAGUUCUACAGCCUGACAGCAGCUAUAAUAGAAUAAUAAAUAAGAGGCUCCGAAUAUUAUGUUAAAAAGAUUUCGCUAGUAGAAAAAAAAACACCAAAAAAAUAAUAUUAUAAAUUAAAAAUAAGAACAAAUUUAAGAACACAACGUGCUAGCUGUCAGUGAGGCGGCUAUCGUUGGACAACUUCCACGACGUUCAACCCACGUUUGAAUGCCCCCGUAUACCUAAUCUGAAUAUAUACAUUAGGAAAUUGCGAAGAGCGAGCGUUCAAACAAAAGUGAUCCAAUAUCUGUGAUACAAACUACAAAAGUAAAAUCAUCUCGGGAGAACCCCCCCCCCCCCCACACACACACGCACAUUUUUAUUUUUCAAGCCCGAAAGGUCACCGAAACAUUGUUGGAGAUCUCCUCCUUCUAAGACAGCCCAUGCCCGUAAAUUCACUGGACUGAGUAGCCAUCUCAAUCUAAGGCCAAUCCAUCCGCCAGUGAUGUUGCUCUCAUAAUAUCAGCAGUCGACUUCUUCUUCUUCUGUAUCUUAAGGGCCCACGAUCAAUUUAUUGAUCAUUUUGGCUCCUAUGCAUGUAGAUGGGAUUUGCAAUGUUUCUGUUACUUACUCAGGGGUCAGGAUGGUAAUUGUACGUCCUAAUAUUUCCCAUCCCGUGAGUGAAGCGUCGCACUCCCUCUAAUCGUGAUUUCCACAGUGGGUUUCUACCACACUAAUAGCUCACUAAGCAGCUGGGGCAAAAGUUUGUGUUGGAAAAAUAAUUAUUUAAAGAAAUAAGAAGAAGAUCUGAAAACCCAAUGUGCAAGCUGGGAGAGACGGGGUACUCGAAGGACUGCUUUCAAGACAUUCAAUCCCCGUUCGAAUACUGCCAUAUCCCUCAACGUAUGCAAUUGAUUGCUUAUCAGAUUAAUGAUUACAGAGAAUACCACGGAUUGCAAUUUGAUUACACAUACUUUAAGGUAAUGUAGUAUCAUUUUUUGGGGGGGAGGAGGGGGGGGGGUGUUCUGAUUGCUUCAUCCUGACGGAAGUUACAGCAGAAUAUUCAGGACCUCGUUAUCGUGAUAUGUUGCUAUUGGAAUAUAGUUUGAUGCGCUUCGGAAAUCAAGCUAAAGAUUAAAUUAUUUAUAUUGGAAUAUCCCUCAAGAAAAUUCAUCAAAGUCAAUACUCUUGUUCCUGUCAGGUCAGCUGUCAAGUUUUCAACAUGAUGAGCUCCACUUACAUGAUUUUGACUUCAUCCCCACCCCAACCAAAGAUCACAGAUUUAUAUGUCUACUAGUGCUACAUUACAACCCUAAAGAACAAAUGGAAAGAGUUGUUUUAUUUUUCACUUCCUAUUAAAUUCAUAACUAUUUUCUUUGUCAGACGACUCUUCUUCAUCUUCACGUACUUCAUGUUCUUCUACAACAUCUUCCUGGGACUGGUCUCCUGUUUGCUCAGAAUCAUCAAGGCAAUAGUCGUCGGGACCCUCUUCCUGUGCCGUCUGGACAGAAGUACACUGCCGAGGAAUUGGGAAUCUUUUGAUCCAGGUAAAAUAUUGCGAACUAACAAGAAGCUGAAGCUGAGAACAUUUCUCGCUUAUAAGGAUAUCCAGUCUUAAAGAGCAUGAGAUAAUCUUAUGAAUAACAACAUUUAUUUCGUCUUAUUUCGGAAGCUCUGCCUUUGCUGUGAACACGUUUUCUAUUCAUUCUACGAGUGGUCUAACUUGUUACAGCCCCAUUCCAAAUAUUAGUUAGUUAUCAAGAAAUAAGUAUUUGUAAUAGACUUUUACAAAAUGCAAUCAAAAUUAUUUUUAAAAUUAUACUCCCCUUUACUUUUACUAGCCAGCAGCAUCAGCUGCUAUAAAAUAGAAGUCAUAAAGAAUUUUUGUUAGCUUGGUACGUAUCUGCCACGGACGAUAUGGACAGGGAAAUAAUCCAUGUUAAAAUUUGGUAAUAUAAUAUCACUUUUAGCACUUUUGUCCCUUAAUGAAACCACACACACAAUAUUUCAUUUAGACUUCAAUUACUGUACAUUUGAAAAUGCCUUAAUUUGAAAAAGGACAUUCACACAAAAAAAAAAGUAAUAAUUAUUUCUUUUUUUUGAAAUUUAUUUUAAUGACAGUACAUUUUUUAGUGUUGCACCUGUUUCUGGCAUCACAUACAAUACAUGGCUCACUAUAUUUACUCAAUCCAAUUAUAAAUAUUCAUGUCAGUGAUUUCAAUGCUUGGUUAAUGAUGUUCUUUGUUAUUCGAACAAAGGACAAAAAAAGUGAUUGUUGAUUUGUUACAUUCAACUAUUUUUGCAAAGAUUUGAUAAUAAUGUUAUUCCUAAUUGACAGGCUGAUUGUUUAAUGACGGCAGAGGGGCUGACUGGGGGGUCCCUAAAACAUAGUGUAAAAUAUCAUACAUUGUCACAAAUAAUUAUUUCUCUGUCCUAUGUUUGUGACUGGUAAUAAACUUGAAAUAAAUUAAAAAUGAAUAACCUGUUGUUGUCAGGUUUCAAUACCUACCAGGGUUACAUCCACAUGGAGGCCGCGCACACCAAUCCCACAGUAAACGUUUUCCUCCGACUGUUGAAGUCUCUGAGCCAGUCGAGGAAGUCCUCGGGUCAAAGCAGCAGUGUGUCUCUAGAGAUGACCAACCUGGGAAGUUACAAUCAGCUGGAGAAUGACGGGGAAAGCAGUGAGUUACCACAUUUAGUCAUCAUAUCCCCCCCCCCCCCCCCCCCCCCCCCCCAAACACACACACAAAAUUUUUAAAAAAAAUUAAGUUUUAAAAAAAAAAAAAAAACGUGUGGGUAAGACUCUAGUAUUAAUUUACAACAGCCAUCUGUUUUCUGAGAAAAAAUGUGGUCAUUAUGAUCACGUCUUUAAGAAACUAGUUAGUGUCUUAAAAUGUAAUUGCGGUCGCUUCCUCUGACAUCAAAGUCAAAAGCUUAAUAUCACACUGAUUGCAUUAGCAUUAAAAUUGUCAGUGUCAUUGUGUUCCAUGCAAUUCCUAUGCUGUUUAGAACUAUUUAUAAUUGGAAUAUAAGCAGCAUCUUUUAUUUACGAUUUCAGUCUCUCUUAAUGUAUUCCCCAGUCAAAUACCCAGCCAUAAGAGGAACAACCAAUCUGGCAGCACGUUUCAAUUGGCACGUGGCCUACACACUGUUGCUCAAUCCUGGGGUGGGUAUUCACGGACCUUUUACUUUACAAUAUAAUAUAUUAAACAAUCUUUGUUAUUUGAGUUGACCCUUGCAACAGAGGUGUUGAUUUGAAGAUCUUAUUUAAUCAUUUUGUAAAACUAUGUUAUUGUUUAGUUGUAUUAAACUUUGUCGAUAGAUGAUAUUGUGGCGGAGGGGAAUUUUCUACCACCCCAAAAUCAGGCAUGAAAGGGUUAACUGGAAAUAUUACAAAUGAUAAUGUAUCUUCUGUUGGGCAUCUGGCCGUCGACUUCAACAUCAAGACAUAACAGUGCAAGCUUAUUAUUUUCAGAUUUGUCCGCUUCUGACAUAUAAUAUAUUGUCAUAAUAUGCUCUCUUAAAGCUACUCUUAUGUUAAAUUUACCAUAAUAUUCUUUAAUCAGUGGUACAGCGUCUAUUUUUUUCAAUUCCGAUUUACCAAGACGCCGAUGAUCCAAACUGCCCCCUGUUUUAAAAUGUAUAUCAUGAUAUAAUGCAACGCACAUGGCACAAUCCACGUAACAUCCAGAUACGACUGCAUGCACUUACCAGAACGGGAUAAAGCGAUUGGAACACUUUUAAAAAAAAAUAAUAAAUAUCGCAGAAUAAACGCCUGGAAAAACAAUAUGACUUCGGAUUUUGUACUAAGCGCAGCUCUCUAUUUUUAGAUCUGAAACAAAAUUCAAGUCUUCACCGGUUUUUUUCUUCUUUACAAAAACAUCUAUCAGCUGACCCCGAUAUCGAUACGUUAUGGUAAAACACUCUAAGCCAUUAUCAUAAGACAUUAGACGUUUGGCAAUUAAAAACAAUCCCUGCUAGGAAGUGUUCCGUUAUCAUAGAAAAUAGGGAAUCUGAUUGAUUCCAAAGCGCGAAUAUUUCAGAUAAUGGACUCUAUACUGGAUGAUAUAUUGGUGAGUUGUAACUUAUUUUAAUAACUACGUUAAUCUCUCACUCAUUUGCAGGUAAGGAUCUAUAGGAAAGGAUUUAUUCAGUCCAUGAAGAAGGCAAUGAUCCUCGGAAUAAAGAUACCCAUCAGCGACACGCCCGUGACGGAUUUUGACUUGGUCAAACUGGAGGCAGAGAGAGAGAAAGAGAUCGAGGAGGAGAAGGAGGCGAAGAAGGCACAAAAGACGCAGAACGGCAAGCAGGAGAAUGGAUCGGUCUUCCAUAACAUUUUAAACAGAAAACGUGUCUCCAACAUUGAUUCGACAAAAAAUGUAUAAUUCUUUCAGUGAAUAUUGUACAAUAAAUGCUCUCCCAUUGAAUAAUGAACCAAAAAUGAUCUCCCUGUGAAAAAUCUGCAAAAAUUGUAUAGUUCUCACAGUGAAUAAUGUACAAAGAUGUAACUGUAUUUAUGUAUUACUACUUAUAAUAAUAUCUUGGGUAAAGAAAAAUUAUUAUUUUUCAAAACAAUGGUCAUUUAAGGGUAAUAAAACUUUUAUUCUUAUUUUUAUUGUGUUAAUGUUGAUUAUCAGACAUAACGGAGGCUAAUUUUACGUGUAUUUCCAUAUGUUAAAUGAUGUUUUAUUAAGCUGUAACAAUUCAAUUUUUGAAAAUGUUAUAUCAACGUAAUUUCAUGAAUUAUGAAAACCAGACAAGCUAGGCCACAUAUUGCUCAUUUGAUGUGUAUGCUUAUGCAAGAUUGUUUGAAAAUGACUAAAGUAAUUUCAUGCAUUAGCUGGAUUCAAGGAUAUUGAUGGGACCAUGAAAUAAGAUUAGGCCUACUUAACUAUGUUAACAUCUUUAUUAGAUCACUCAAUGACUUAAUGAUGCCACAUUUCAUAGCUUUUCAUAAUUUUCAUACAAAAAUAGUUCUAGGUGUUAACGAAAUAGUAUGAUGUGAAUAUACAUUUUAUUUUACUUGGAAAAGAUUUCAAGUGUAUUGCUGAGUUAUCCUCUUAAAGAAAACCAAACUAUUUUUCGGUACGCAUGAGGAGUUACUAUUUUUUAAC